AUGACGCGAGUAAUCAAAUUGACUCAAGACUUGCAGAAUGCUAUCGACUCGUCAAAGGAUUUCAGUAUUUUGUUUCGCGAACUCAAACCCCGACGAAGACUCACCGAACAGCCCAUCGUUGAGAUCCGAAAUCUGGCCAAUCAUUUGAUUAUAACUCUGAACCGAACCAAACCCGCCAUUCAAUUGUCGUUAAGGGAGGCGGCGUUCAAAGGACCCACUCAUGAGAGGAACUUUAGUCUGGAGUUGGAGGGACUCAACGAAACAAGUAAUUAUAAGUUUCUUAUUAUGCAUUUCGAAGACUAUUCGCACGAAAAUCCGGAAUCUAUUAAACAGCGUCUGUGGGUCUUCUUAGAUUGUGUGUCUCAGGGAUACCUCACACUCAACUCAAACAUCUUUAAUGGAUAUCGAAAAGACGGUGGACUCAUCAGAGCUGAAAGGGAUCGGAAGUUGACAGUGGAGUGCCAUCCAAAAGGCAUUCAUAGCAUUCUCCAUGAGGUUGAGUGUCCGUCAGCACAAACCCAAUCCCAGCGUAUAUUCCUUUCCCGAACUGUUAAAGAGAUUCCGACUCAGACUUACUAUACAAUCAAUGGAAAGAGUAAAGAAUCGGAUUAUAUAUUGAAAGCAUUUUCUGAACUCCAGUUUGCUCUCAAAGAUCUAAAACGAUCGCUUGAAUUACAAACAAGAGAGACUAAAGCCUUGCGUCAGACUAUGGAAAGCUGUGACUUUUGUCGGGCGCGAUUAGUUACUGGUUGUGCCACUAAACCAUGCUAUUCAGGCGUUAGUUGUCUUGAUUUGCCAAAUGGUAGCUUUAGAUGCAGUGCCUGUCCUAAGGGGAUGACUGGCGAUGGAAUUGAAUGCCAGAGAUUGACCACUUGUAACGACAGGCCGUGCUUUCAAGGGGCCCAAUGUAUUGAUGAUGAGGCACAAGGUUUCCGAUGUGGUCCCUGUCCUGUGGGUUAUAAAGGCAAUGGUUUAACCUGUUCUCCAGCUAUUCGAUGUUCAGACAAUCCGUGUUAUACUGGAGUCAAUUGUGUCAAUUAUGACAAACCUCCCGGUUAUAGAUGUGGAGCCUGUCCUCAAGGCCUCACAGGAAACGGAGUCACAUGUACUGACAUCGAUGAGUGCGAAUUGUCCCGACCCUGUAACCAACACUCUCAAUGCAUAAACCUGACCCCAGGAUUCAGGUGUGGGCCCUGUCCUAUAGGCUAUACCGGCAGACAGAUUCAAGGAAUUGGAGUAGAAUUUGCGAGGGCUAACAAACAGUUAUGUCUGGAUGUGAAUGAGUGCGAUGACGGCAGAAACGGAGGCUGUGUUGAGAACUCGCAGUGCAUUAACACUCAGGGCUCGUAUGUCUGCGGCGAAUGCAUUGAAGGCUUUGUAGGCAAUCAAACUGCUGGCUGUCAUCCCCAUCCGGGCACGUGUCCCGACGGAACCAUUUGUGAUGGAAAUGCUGAGUGUGUUAUCAGAAGAGGGUAUUCGCGAUAUCAGUGCCGAUGCAAAGUUGGGUUCGCAGGCGAUGGAAGGAUUUGCGGUCUCGACAGUGAUUUAGAUGGUUGGCCCGAUCACAACCUUAGGUGCUCUGACCCUCGAUGUAUUGCGGAUAACUGCCCACUAAUUCCCAACAGCGGACAAGAAGAUGCGGACAGGGAUUUGAUUGGCGACGCUUGUGAUGAGGACGCAGAUAAUGAUGGCAUUAUUAACGAUCCAAUUCUGAUGCUGAUGGACCCGAUACUCUGGGAAAUGCUUGUGAAUCAAACUGCUGGCUGUCAUCCCCAUCCGGGCACGUGUCCCGACGGAACCAUUUGUGAUGGAAAUGCUGAGUGUGUUAUCAGAAGAGGGUAUUCGCGAUAUCAGUGCCGAUGCAAAGUUGGGUUCGCUGGCGAUGGAAGGAUUUGCGGUCUCGACAGUGAUUUAGAUGGUUGGCCCGAUCACAACCUUAGGUGCUCUGACCCUCGAUGUAUUGCGGAUAACUGCCCACUAAUUCCCAACAGCGGACAAGAAGAUGCGGACAGGGAUUUGAUUGGCGACGCCUAUGGUGAUGGUUUGGGAGAUCUCUGCGAUCCUGACGCUGAUAAUGAUGGAGUGAUUAACAGUCAGGACAACUGUCCUUUAGUGGCUAAUAGUGACCAAUUGGAUAGAGAUGGAGAUGGAGUGGGAGACAAAUGUGACAAUUGUCCGCUUCAUGCAAAUUCAAACCAAAAGGAUUCAGACAAAGAUCUUGUGGGAGAUGUUUGUGAUACCAAUUAUGACAGAGAUUUGGAUGGAAUUCAAGAUAAUGUGGAUAACUGCCCGGAAAUUCCAAACAGCGAUCAAUUGGAUUCAGAUGAAGACGGGUUGGGAGAUGUUUGUGACUUUGAUAAGGAUAAUGAUGGAAUUAAAGACAAUUUAGACAACUGUCCAUUAGUCUAUAAUCCGGAUCAAAGAGAUACUAAUAAUACGGGAGUAGGCGAUGCCUGUCGGGGAGAUUUUGACGGCGACGGAGUGCCUGAUAAUUUAGAUGUCUGUCCCGACAAUAGAAAAGUAUACGCCACUGACUUCAGAGCUUACCAGACAGUGGUAUUAGAUCCCGAGGGAGACUCACAGAUAGACCCGCAUUGGGUUAUCUAUAAUAAGGGCGCAGAAGUGGUGCAGACGAUGAACAGCGAUCCGGGUCUCGCUGUGGGCUUCCAUUCGUUCGGUGGCGUCGACUUCGAGGGCACGUUCUUCGUGGACACCGAGAUAGACGACGACUACGUGGGCUUUGUGUUCAGUUACCAGGAUAACGCACACUUCUAUACUGUCAUGUGGAAGAAGAACACCCAGACCUACUGGCAGGCCACACCUUUCAGGGCAGUGGCUGAGCCGGGAAUACAACUCAAACUGGUCACAUCCCAGACUGGACCCGGACAGAUGCUCAGGAACUCCCUCUGGCACACCGGCAACACUUCAGAUCAGGUCAAGUUGUUAUGGCGCGACCCUAGAAACGUGGGCUGGAAGGAGAGGGUGGCCUACAGAUGGCUUAUGAUUCAUAGACCUAAGAUUGUCGAAACGACUACUCUAUUGAACGAAUUGACCACAAAAUCCGAGAUUCGUGUGGAGACUGUUGAACCAAAGCCAGAAACUGUUACGACUGAGAAGAUUACAUUUGAAACAAAACCAGUUAUAAUCACGACUGAGAAUAUUAUUCUCGAGUCGAGCCCAAAUGUAUUGACAACAAUACCACCCGAUUCUGUGACUUUGAAAUCAGAGACAACUGUUCCAUCAGUUGAAGAGGUGACUAAAGAAGUAACAAAACCUGAAGAACCAAAAGAAAUCAUAAAACCUGAAGAACCAAAAGAAGUCACAAAUUUGGUAACAACUGAAAAAAUUACCGAAAGUCCACAAACAGAGGCUAUUGUAAGAGAUGUUCCGUCAGAAACAACACCUCAACCAAUAUCUGUGACCUCAGAAGCUAACAAAGUGGAAGAAACAACAGCUAAAGUAGAAGAUGUCGAUAAGAAUGAAGUGAAACCAAGUGAAUCGUCUAUAUCUUCAGAACCAAUGGUAGAUGUGGUGACAGCCGAUCCAACUAUUAUUAAAUCUGAUGACCUCUUAAAGGAAAACAGUUCGGAACCCAUUAAUCCGGAAAGCAUUACAACAAAAUCAAGUUUAGAUGAAAAAGUCAACGAAAUGACUACAACUAAAGAACCUUCAAUAGAAACAACAGUCGCUAUAGAAGUCGGAGGUAUUGAAGAUGUCGUUACCACGACUCCUAAGGUAGUUAUGAACGAAGAAUUGUCUCCUAUUGUGACCACUGAAGCCAUAAAGUCAGACGAAAUGAAGACAACAAUUAUUAGUGAAGUAAGCGUUAGUACGGAAGAAGUGAAGAUAGAAGAGGAACCCAAACGUGAAGAAGUCGUAACAGAAAUGAAGGGAAGUUCCGAAAUGACGACAACUGUGGCCUCAGUAUUAAGUAAUGAGGUUUCGAGUGAAGCAAAUGUUGACUCAAAUGUAAGCGAAGACACUGUCAUCUCAACCACUGAAGAGACUGUUAAGUCGAGUUCGGAAACGAUUAUAACUUCAGAAGUAGUGCCUAUAAAAGCCAUAUCAACGGAAGCGACCACUUCUUCGCCGGUCAUCAGCGAAGAGCCAAAAUCUGAGACGACGACAAUCGCUGAUAUAAAAAGCGAUUUAAACAUUGUUGAGAUCAAUAAAACUGAGAGUCCAUUGGAUUUAAACACUGAGACAACGAAUUUACAAACGGAUAAGGAAUCGGUUGUUACGAAAGACUUAGACAUUGAAUCCAUUACAACGACAUUGAGUUCUUCAAUCACUGAAUAG